AUGAGGCAGCCGAUGAGGUCUAGCAUUGCUUGUCUGAGAUGCCGCAGAUCAAAAAUCAAGUGCGACAAUGAUGGCGGUAACAGUCCCUGCGAUACUUGUAUCAAGGGAGGCCACCAGUGCCAGUACCCGGAGGCCACAUCUCUUGCUCCCAAAAGAAUUGACCCCCCGGCAAGCGGAAGGCAAGAGAAGGAUGGCCCUCACGAGAGGAAGAGGGCAAGGAAAAUGGACGAAGCGCCUGGUUUGGACAGCGAAAAAUCCACGGCCUACGCUGAAGAGAUCCUCACCUAUCCAUUUCUAACGAUAGAACUGUGGGAUCAGCUAUUUGCCAUCUACAAGCAGCAUUUCGCGACGGAGCUGUCGUUCAUUCAUCUACCAACUUUGAAGGAGAAAAUGAGGCGCAGACAAGGCCAGAAACAGCACCAUUCGUCCGAGUUGAACCUGGUCCUCCUUGGUAUCCUCACCCUCACGGCUCGUUUUCAUACGGAUCUCGUCAAGUACGUGACACACCUGUCAAGCCAGCAAGGUGGGAACGUGCGGCCACGGACAAUACAACACAAACCCGACCCGAUAGCCGCCUCUGAGUUCUUUGCCAAUGCCCUCACGACUGCACUUGGUCCUCUGAGAACAGCCAUGACUGUUGUCACCGUGGAAAGAGUCCAGGCAUUUCUGAUGCUAGGACUAUUCGAGUGGAGUCAACGCCAUGCGUUUAGCAACUCUAGCGCUUGGAUGUAUGUUGGUGUUGCAAUACGGAUGGCAAAACUGCUCAAGCUUGGGCUUGACGACCACAUUAUGAAGAUUCGAGAAGCUCGGGUCACCGUGGCCCAUGAAUCUCGAACGAGGUCAUCUGAAAUUGGGAUCAUAAGAGAGUCUCGAAGACGUACUAUGUAUAGUUGUCUGGUUCUUGACCGCAUGAUGGCCUGCGGCAGCGAGCGGACUAUGAGCAUCCCCUUGGAGAGCAUUGGGAUACAACUGCCAUGCUCAGAGAUGGCGUUUGACCUUGCUUUGGAUGUUUACACAGGAUAUCUGAGAUGCCCGGAGGAAUCUAUUUCACAAAAAGUCAACGACGACAGUACCUUGAGCCGAUUUGUGCAGUUGGUUGCGAUCUGGAGCGACAUUUCCCAGUAUAGUACGGCGGGCGGCCGCUCGCAAGAAACCGCAUCACCGUGGGACAGUCGAUCGACAUUCCGCCAGCUGAGAGAGAGGUUGGAUCGAUUUCAUAUGGACCUCCCGGACACAUUCACGCUAUCACGCCAAAACUAUUACCGCCAUGACAAUCACCAAGCUACGAAUACAUAUGUAUCAUUGCAUAUGCUAUCUUCGGUGUGCCAAAUCAUCCUUAACCGAGAGUAUCUUCCAUUUCUGCCCAUCCGCUGUGACAGACCACAAGGACCCCUUGCGAGUGCACAAGAUCCAGCACGGGACCGGUUUUGGGAAGAGGCUGCUGACAAUGUCUUCCGAGCGUCCCGGGAUAUCCUCGAUCUGGUUGAAAUCUGCAAGGACAAGCUUCCUCAAUCAUGCUUGACCGUGUUUGCCGUGUGGUUAUCUGGCUUUAUGGCCGUAUACGCCCAUCAAUUUCCCAUCAUGGAUAUCCAACAACGAAUGGUAAUUUCAGAAAGCAUUGAACGGGACAUGGAUGAAGGCACCAGUGUGCUUGAAGGCGCGACAACAAGGACGUCUUGUCAGGCACUGCGCAAGCUGACGAAGUAUCUACCGGUGGCACAAAAUUACUUGACAUACCUGGAAGAACUAAACCAGUACUUUGUGGAUGCAAAGAGCCAGUUCAAUCAACAGGCUAACAACGCUGACCCCAUGUCCAAACCAUCUUUUGGGGUUAGGCGACUGAGUAUACGACCUGUUGGCGAUACUGGUCUGGAUGAGUCGUACACAAAAGCGGAUAAAGCGUCUCCUCAACCCCCCUCGGAUGAUGGACAUCGAUCUCAACAUGACGAAGGGUCUGACAGGUCGCGUGGUAGCAGCUGGGAACCUCUUCGUUCGAUGGGCGUGCCAGAAGAUCAUCAAGGGGCGUCGAACUACACUCACGGCCCCAGCAUCAGCCCUGCAUUGUCAUUUUCGGCCAUGGGAAGUUCAGCUGGACUGCGAUCUGGGUUAGCUGAAUCACCCCCAGUUGUCUUGGAACAUCGAGGAGAAGGGCUAUCUGCCAAGGCAGGUCCUAUGGGCGAUGCAGGCAAACCGCCCUCUUCGUUGUCGGAGAGCCAACUGCUACUGCCAGGCCUUGACGAAGGCAUCUUCCAGCAAAGUAUUCCUGAAUUUUCGAUGGAGAAGCUUGAAAUGAUCGAGUCACAACGAAUCGGGAAGGUAUUGAAUGACUUGGAAGAGUUUGCGGGUGCAGGCUCGUUGGGAUUUGGGAUCCCCUGA